CUCAUGGUAUCUCAAUGGCCUGCGCCAAAGAAGUUUGGGUUUUCGCUCUUUUGAGCAUGUUGUUUACGUUGUCUUUGGCCAUGGACAUGUCCAUCAUCGACUACGAUCGCAAGCAUGGCCAGCCAAUCAACAGGACAGAAACCGAGUUAAGGAUGAUAUACGAGAGGUGGAUGAUGAAACAUCGGAAGAACUACAAUGCGUUGGGUGAGAGGGACAGACGUUUUGAGAUCUUUAAGGAUAAUUUAAGGUUUGUUGAUGAACAUAACGCUGUUGACAAGACGUAUAAAGUGGGGUUGAAUAAGUUUGCGGAUUUAAGUAAUGAAGAAUUCAAGGCGAUGUAUUUGGGUGCCAAGAAAGAUGGCAGGGGUGAGAGGGAGGCCAAGAGUGAGAGGUACUUGCAUAAGGUUGGAGAUGAGAUGCCUGAGUCUGUGGAUUGGAGAGAAAAAGGUGCUGUCGCUCCUGUCAAGGAUCAAGGCCCAUGUGGCAGUUGCUGGGCCUUUUCGACGGUGGCUGCAGUAGAAGGAAUCAACCAGAUUGUAACAGGAGAUUUAAUCUCUUUGUCAGAGCAGGAGCUUGUGGAUUGUGACCGAUCAUACAACCAGGGAUGCAAUGGAGGUCUCAUGGACUACGCCUUUGAAUUUAUUAUCGAUAAUGGUGGCAUUGACACACAACAGGAUUACCCUUACAAGGCUACCGAAACAAUGUGUGAUCCAAACAGAAAAAAUGCUCGUGUUGUUACUAUUGAUGGAUACGAAAAUGUUCCUAGAAAUGAUGAGAAAUCCUUGCAGAAGGCUGUGGCACAUCAACCUGUUAGCGUUGCCAUUGAAGCUGGUGGCAGGGCUUUCCAACUCUACCAAUCGGGUGUAUUCACUGGAAAUUGCGGUACACAAUUGGAUCAUGGUGUGGUUGCUGUUGGAUAUGGCACAGAAAAUGAUGUGGACUACUGGCUUGUGAGGAAUUCAUGGGGUUCAAACUGGGGAGAAAAUGGUUACAUCAAGAUGGAGCGCAAUGUUAACAGUCCAAGUGGCAAGUGUGGCAUAGCAACGGAGGCUUCAUAUCCCAUUAAGAAAGGCCAGAAUCCCCCAAAUCCAGGCCCCUCUCCUCCAUCUCCUGCAACUCCCCCAAGCCGCACUCAUGUUUGCGACGACUACUACUCAUGCCCGGACGGAAGCACUUGCUGCUGCCUGUAUCAAUAUGGCGACUUCUGCUUUGGCUGGGGAUGCUGCCCUUAUGAAUCCGCAACCUGCUGCAACGACCACCUCAGCUGCUGCCCCGAGGACUACCCAGUGUGUGAUAUCAAUGCUGGAACUUGCCUAAUGAGCGCCAACAGUCCCUUGGCAGUAAAAGCUUUGAAGCAAAUUCCCGCUACAAGAAUCAGAGCUCAUCCACUGGCUGACAAGAAGAACAAUAAUAGUCAUUAGAGUAUCCUGGCAGUCAAUGUGGGUCGGAAGGAAAACUAAAGAAUGGUGUAAAUUUUGUUUGAUAAUAUGAUUAUUGUAGAUAAGUUUCAAUAUACAUUGUCAAAUAGAUAGAUAGCAAGCAACUGUUGUCAAAUAGGAAGAAAGGAAUCAUUUUCUUUUGGCUCAGUUGUGUAUACAUAAUUUCAGUUAUUAAUUUAAUGAACUCUCAGCAUUUGAUUUAAA